CGCUUUUUGGCUCCUCACUUUGUUUUUUUUUUUUUUUUUUUAAAGUUACAAGCUUUUGGGGGUUUUGAUGAUUUCCCUCCAAUCACUCUUUCGAUUUUUCUAGGGUUUACUAUCUCGUCCUCUUUCGCAAGGGUUUCCAAUUUCUUCAGCAGAUCAUUUUGACAUGGAUUCUACAACACAAACUUUCCAGCACCGCCCGAUGUCAAUCAAAUUAUGGCCUGCUACUCAGAGUACCAGAAUAUUGCUUGUAGAACGAAUGACCAAGAAUUUCAUAACUCCAUCCAUUUUCUCUAGAAAGUACGGCCUGCUUAGUAAAGAAGAGGCCGAGGAAGAUGCCAGGAAAAUAGAAGCCUUUGCCUUUGCAGCUGCAGAGCAACAAUUUGAGAAGGAACCAUAUGGUGAUGGAAGUUCUGCAGUGCAGGUAUAUGCCAGAGAAUCAAGUAAGCUUAUGCUGGAAGUUCUGAAAAGAGGGCCCAAAGCAAAGGAAGAUGAUGAGAAAUCUAUUCCUGCCUUUAAAAGUGUGUUUGAUAUCUCUGGUGGCCGCAGAUCUUUUAUUGAUGCAGAGGAGGCUGAGGAGCUUUUCAAACCACUAAGGGAGCUUGGAAACUCCUAUACUAAGAUAUGUUUGAGCAAUAGAAGCUUUGGUUUGGAUGCAGCCCGUGUUGCUGUGCCAAUCUUAUCAUCCAUCAAACAUCAAUUGAAAGAAGUGGAUCUGUCAGAUUUUAUUGCAGGAAGGUCAGAGACAGAAGCUAUUGAAGUCAUGAAUCUGUUUUCUUCAGCCCUGGAAGGAUGUGAAUUGAGGUAUCUGAACCUUUCAGACAAUGCCAUGGGCGAGAAAGGUGUAAAUGCAUUUGAGUCACUCCUGAGAUCACAAAAUAAUUUGGAGGAACUUUAUUUGAUGAAUGAUGGUAUUUCAGAAGAAGCUGCAAGAGCAGUUUCUAAGUUCAUUCCGUCCACUGGGAAGCUUAGAGUCCUUCAUUUUCACAAUAAUAUGACAGGAGAUGAAGGGGCAAUUGCCAUCUCUGAUAUGGUGAAGCGUUCACCUGUCUUGGAGGAUUUCCGUUGUUCAUCUACAAGGGUGGGCUCUGAAGGCGGUGUAGCUUUAGCUGAAGCACUUGGGACUUGCACACAUUUGAAGAAGCUCGAUUUGCGUGACAACAUGUUCGGUGUAGAAUCUGGGGUUGCUUUGAGUAAAGUCCUAUCUGCUUUUACAGAACUUACUGAAAUUUACCUCAGUUAUCUUAACUUGGAAGAUGAAGGAACAGAAGCCCUUGCCAAUGCUCUCAAGGAUUCUGCACCUUUGCUUGAAGUUCUGGAAUUGGCAGGAAAUGAUAUUACAGCCAAAUCAACUGCUGCUUUGGCUUCCUGUAUAGCAGCAAAACAAUUCCUUACUAGGUUAAUAUUGUCAGAGAAUGAACUGAAGGAUGAAGGUUCAAUUAUGAUCAGCAAAGCAUUGGCAGAGGGUCAUGGUCAGUUAAUUGAGGUUGAUUUGAGCUCUAAUUCAAUUAGAAGGGUUGGGGCGAGACUUUUGGCUCAGGCUGUUGUGAAUAAACCUGGGUUUAAGUCACUGAACAUAAAUGGUAACUUCAUAUCUGAUGAAGGGAUUGAUGAGGUGGUGGACAUGUUUAAAAAUUCCCCACAUCUGCUUGGGCCUUUGGAUGAGAAUGACCCCGAAGGAGAAGAUCUGGAUGAAGAGGAUGAAGACGAAGGUGCUGACAACGAGGAUGAAUUGGAAUUGAGGCUCAAGGUCCUUGAACUAAGGCGAGAGGAAUAGAAUUACCAAGUCAUGCAGUUUGUUGCCUUCUGUUAAUUGAUUCAAAACUUGUUCUGAUGAGCUAUAUCAGCUCAUUUUAGUCAUAGUGUCAUAGAUCUAUUGUUGUAGAUUUGGCUCAGUCUUUGGAACAUUCAGGUUCAAGAGUCUAGCUAGUCAUAUGCUCUCAUUUUCUUGUUACCUUUGUUGCUGGAACCAGUUUUUUGGUUAUGGAUGCAAAAGUGGGUUUGCUGAGUUGAA